CGCACGCUCACCCUGCGGACCUCCGGGGUUCCGAGGAUCGGGCGCUAUGAAAAGUGUUUGCCCUGUCGCUGCCGGUUUCUCAAACCCCAACCCCCCAGCUGCUGCUGCUGCUCCUCCUUCCCAGGAGGUCAGACCUGCCACUGAUGGUCAUAACAGCACUAGCCCCACUUCGUCCACCUCUGCCUCCUGUUCCAAGAAGAGAAAGUUAAACAUCAGCAGCAUCAGCAUCAGCAGCAGCAGUAGCAGCAGCAGCAGCAGCAGCAGCAACGAAAAAGAAGACUUUGAUCCCAUCCCUUUUUCCUGCUCCUCCCCUCCCCCGCCCCCUCCCAAGAACUCCUCUACAUCCUCUUCUGCCGCCUCCUGCCCAGGGAUUUCAGUUGCCACCCCCAACCAUCACCACCUCCAGAAGAAACUGCGUUUUGAGGACUCCUUGGAUUUUAUAGGACUUGAUGUGAAGAUGGCCGAGGAAUCGGCAUCUUCUUCUUCACCUGGUCUUGCUGUAUCUCAGCAGCAGCAACUUAAAAACAAAAGCUUAUUAAUCUCCUCUGUGGCUGCAGGGCACCAUGCAAAUGGGCUGACCAAAGCCCCCACUACCAUCUCUAGCUUCACCAACAGCAAACCAGGUUCGGCCAAGAAAUUGGUGAUCAAGAACUUUAAAGAAAAACCUAAAUUGCCAGAAAACUAUACGGAUGAAACAUGGCAGAAACUGAAAGAGGCCGUAGAAGCCAUUCAGAACAGUACUUCAAUUAAAUACAAUUUAGAAGAACUCUAUCAGGCUGUUGAAAACCUGUGUUCCUACAAGAUCUCUGCAAACUUAUACAAACAGCUGAGACAGAUUUGCGAAGAGCACAUCAGAUCCCAAAUUUACCAAUUCCGAGAGGAUUCAUUGGACAGUGUUCUGUUCCUAAAGAAGAUAGAUAAAUGCUGGCAGAGUCAUUGCAGACAAAUGAUCAUGAUCAGGAGCAUUUUUUUGUUCCUGGAUCGAACCUAUGUUCUUCAGAAUUCAAUGCUGCCUUCCAUUUGGGACAUGGGUCUAGAAUUAUUUAGGACCCAUAUAAUUAGUGAUCAGAAAGUCCAGAGCAAGACUAUUGAAGGCAUUCUCCUUUUGAUUGAGAGGGAAAGGAAUGGUGAAGCAAUUGAUAGAAGUUUGCUUCGAAGCCUUCUGAGUAUGCUUUCAGAUUUGCAGAUUUAUCAAGAUUCUUUUGAACAGAAAUUUUUGGAAGAAACCAACCGGCUCUAUGCAGCAGAGGGUCAGCGUUUAAUGCAAGAAAGAGAGGUUCCUGAAUACCUUCAUCAUGUCAACAAACGUCUAGAAGAAGAAGCAGAUAGACUGAUCACCUAUCUAGAUCUGAGUACCCAGAAGCCACUAAUUGCUACUGUAGAAAAGCAACUUCUAGGUGAACACUUAACAGCCAUUCUUCAGAAAGGUUUAAAUCACCUUCUUGACGAAAAUCGGAUUCAAGAUUUGUCUCUACUCUAUCAGCUGUUUAGUAGGGUCCGCAGUGGAGUUCAGGUUCUCUUACAGCACUGGAUUGAAUACAUCAAGGCAUUUGGUAGCACUAUUGUCAUUAAUCCUGAAAAAGAUAAGACCAUGGUGCAGGAAUUGCUGGAUUUUAAGGAUAAAGUUGACCAUAUUAUUGAUAUCUGCUUUAUGAAAAAUGAAAAGUUUGUCAAUGCCAUGAAAGAAGCGUUUGAAACCUUCAUUAACAAAAGACCGAACAAGCCUGCUGAACUCAUAGCAAAGUACGUGGAUUCAAAGCUCCGUGCAGGUAACAAAGAAGCUACAGAUGAAGAACUUGAGAAAAUGUUGGACAAGAUCAUGAUUAUAUUUCGGUUCAUUUACGGGAAAGAUGUCUUUGAAGCCUUUUAUAAGAAGGAUUUAGCCAAGAGACUGUUGGUUGGAAAGAGUGCAUCAGUAGAUGCUGAGAAGUCAAUGCUUUCCAAACUCAAGCAUGAAUGUGGAGCUGCGUUCACCAGCAAACUGGAAGGAAUGUUCAAAGACAUGGAGCUGUCGAAAGACAUCAUGGUUCAGUUCAAACAGUAUAUACAAAACCAAAAUUUUCCUGGGAGCAUUGAAUUAACCGUGAAUAUCUUGACAAUGGGUUAUUGGCCGACGUAUGUGCCUAUGGAGGUUCACUUACCAACUGAGAUGGUGAGACUUCAGGAGAUUUUCAAGACUUUUUAUUUGGGCAAACACAGUGGGAGGAAGCUUCAGUGGCAGUCAACUCUAGGACAUUGUGUACUGAAAGCAGAAUUUAAAGAGCAGGGGAAAAAGGAACUCCAGGUGUCUCUUUUCCAAACUCUGGUGCUGCUAAUGUUUAACGAAGGUGAAGAAUUCAGUUUGGAAGACAUCAAGCAAGCAACAGGAAUAGAGGAUGGAGAAUUGAGGAGAACACUCCAGUCGUUAGCCUGUGGCAAAGCUAGAGUUCUGGCGAAAAAUCCAAAGGGCAAAGAUGUGGAAGACGGUGAUAAAUUUACCUGCAAUGAUGACUUCAGACACAAGCUCUUCAGGAUAAAAAUCAAUCAAAUCCAGAUGAAAGAAACGGUAGAGGAACAAGCAAGCACUACAGAAAGGGUCUUUCAGGAUCGACAGUAUCAGAUUGAUGCUGCCAUUGUGAGAAUCAUGAAGAUGAGAAAGGCCCUUGGCCACAAUCUGCUGGUUUCUGAAGUGUAUAACCAGUUGAAGUUCCCAGUUAAGCCUGCUGAUCUCAAGAAGAGAAUAGAAUCCUUAAUUGACAGGGACUACAUGGAAAGAGACAAAGAGAAUCCAAACCAGUACAACUAUAUUGCCUAAAACGUUCGCCUUCGAGCACUUGCUAUGUCGUACACAGUUGCCAGUGGAUAAACUAGCCUGUUGUUCCAAUUAAUUGACUUCUUUUCUACUACCGAUGACUCAACAAGUGAAAGCCAUUUCAUGGAGAAGUAUAGUAAAAUGGACUUUUUCAGUGGCUGAUACACCCAUUUAAAGAGCACGGUUUACAUUUAAGAAGAAUGCUGUUGAACUCUUUGCAUGUUUAGUUGAUGGCAACAAAUUCUGAACAAUUUGAUCUUUCAUGUGUCACUUGAUUUGGGGUCUGUGAAGGGUCCCUGUGGUUGUUGGGGGAGGGGGGGUGGGGGGGGAGUGUGGAUUCCUUUAUGCACUAUGACUAGGAGGCAGUAUUUGAGUUGUUAUACAGGAGGCUUUACCCAGGAUGCCUAAAGUGCAUGCAAAUGUGACAUACCGUACAGAAUCCUGGAUGGAUUUAUCACAUAGAAAAACCAUUCUGAGCUUUGGUUACUCACCUGUUUUGUGCUUUCCCUUGCAAAGAGAACUAAGUGGUCAAGUGUAUUGACAUUUGCUUCAUAAUGUUCUGUUUCACUGAAAGGAUGUUUUUAAAACAAAUCUUACCCAGAAAAAAAGUCUUUUAAGUUUUUGGAGCAGCUGCUCCUAAAUAUUGAGCAGGUGAAGCAAGAAUCACAGUGUUUUGUGAAAACAAGCCCCCGUGAAGCUUCGAGUGACAUUUGCCCCUCACCCAGCUGUGCUGACUGUGCUAGCACAGUGAUGGCCUCUUUUCUGGGCUAAGGUUUCUGAAAGCAUCCCAGAUCUCUUUCCAUUUGAAGUCGAGCUUAUUUUCUCCUAUCCUUAUUCUAAUUCCUUGAAAAGUCCUAGAAUAGAAAAUCCUCCAGAAUCUGGGGAUUUUCAGGGACAGGACAUGCUGGUCCCUCUCUGCUUCUCAAAAUCACUUGCAGUGUAAAGAGUUGACACACAGCCACACCACAGAUGCCACCUACUGUGCAAGAGAAUGUCCCAGGCUGGAAUGACUGACCACAGAAAAGGGUAGCAAGACGAUGGAGCUUUCCAAAUUGGGAGGAGUCUGGAGAAUGAAAAGGCUGCUUUUCUCCCACUGUGCAUGUGUAUGUUGGUGAGAUUUCUGGUAUAGCCCACAGUGCGUCAAGUCCAUCUUGCAGUGCAAGCAGAAAAUAAGUGGCCUUUAAAAACCCCAAACUAGCAUAAUAUUUUGGAACAUUGCACCCAUGUCACCACCAUUUUGAAGCCACAAGGAAGGGGAGAUAUUAAUCCCAAGCUUCAGCCAAGUAGCCUUUGCCCUUUCUGUUUGCCAAUUACAUUUCCUUAAGCCCUUCCUCGUUAGUGGCCUCCUGUGGCCAGCUCUAGGACAUGCUCCUCUCUUCUGGCACCUUUUUAUAUGAAUGUGGUUAUCUAACAAGAGGUAGCCUUGACAGGCCUUCCCAAUCCUUUUUUAAGCCUCAACUUUUCCGUAUCCUAGAUCUCAGCUCCUCUCCUUUCUUGCCCAGUGCUUAUCUGACAAGGAAAUUACCGCCAGUUAUCGCCCUCCCAGGUGGGCUUGGCCUUGCCAGGAACCUUACCACUCCCCCCCACCGUUUGGAAGGUAGGUAGGUCCCUUCCUCAAAGAGAUUCCUCCCCCCAUGCAAGCCACCCUUUUAAAACUGGAGGCUGCAUUAAUUGAAAUGAGCAGUUACUCAGAAAAUAGAAAGCAUCAGGAGAAAAGAUUAAUGAAAAUUGGAAAAUCUUUGUAAAUUAUAAAGGACUUUUUUAGAGCUGUUCUUUUUGAGUUGGCUAAGUUCUGGGCUAUUUUUCCUCCCCGUCUCUUAUUUUUCUCCAAUAAAAAUUUUUAUUAAAAAGUUUCUGAAAAAGAGAUCCUUAAAAUAAUUGAGUAUUGGCUUUAAAAUCCCCUGCUUUAAAGAAUUUUAUAAUUUGCCACCAUAGGCCUGUUUAAAGGGUAGAACCUACACCAGUCCAAAUUGUGCUUUCUGAUCUUGCCAUGUGCCCUUCUCAGAUGAGAGGUGGAGCUUCAUGGCUUGGCAGGCCAGCAGACAAAGCAUACCCCAGCAAAACCAAGCUAGGUCUCCAGAGAGGAGAGGAAGACUUUUCCAUCCUUAUCCUCCUUGGAUCUUGUGUGUCUUGCCUGGUUCUUCUGAAGUUCUUGUAGCUUGGGCAUCAGUCCUCUUCUCAUAGCAAUCUCCUUCGGGAGAUCCUCAAGCUAGGCUGUGGUUAUGCCAGUCUCAAGGCACCCAGGCCAGCUCCACAACUGACACGUGUCAGCAUCUAGCCAUAGAUUACAAAGAGAAUACCUCUUGCAUGCAAUUCACAGCAGCCGAGUUCAUAAGAAAUUGCAUUUUAUUCUAUCUAUCUGUAGGUUAAAGAUUUUAUAUAUGUGUGUGUGUGUUUGUGUGGCUACACACACACACACACACACACACACACACACACACGUAUACACCAAUAACUUUGCCUUUCGCUUUUUAUUCAAUUCAAUUUUGGAUAGGUAAGAAAAAAAUGACCACUCUUGAAUAACGCAUUUGCAGAAAUGUGGUAAAACAUGUUCUGUUCACUGGUUUACAUGGACGUGCCAAAGCCCAUCAUUCGUGAGAAAACAAGACCAUAGCAAAUGAGGGAGCUGCAUAGCUCAAUGCGGUUUUCAUUUGUAUUCUGCUGGUCCUUGUGAAGUUUUUUUUCCCAGUCCCUUGACUAUCAACAUUUGUUUAACAUUAAACUGAGAUGUCACCUGUCCAUCCGGAAGCAUCUAAUCGGACACUUUGUUCAACGUUAUUUUGAAUCGGUUUUAGUUGCAAGAGUCCAGCAGCAUUCCAUCCCAAAUGGAAUAGGCUUUUGUAGAACAACUCUCCACGAGUUGUGUCUGAAGGAUGCGUGUGGGGAGGCAGUGGAACUAGACUAGGAAGCCUUUUCAAAGCUUGGCUGAUAGAAUACGGGAACGUGCUCUUUCACUGCAGAGUCCUCAGAGGGCUCGUGACUUGCUUUUACCCUUAAGCACACAUGAAAUCUUUGCCAUGUUUCCUAACAGGUUCACAGUGGGUACUGAGGCUUUCCGAAGUUGGUAAAUAAUGUAAAUACGUGUCCUUUCAAAGAGUGAGUCUUUGGGUAUUUUGUGUUCUUUAUUAAAAAGUUUCGUGUUGAUUAA